CGAUUAAAAAAAAACAACACAUUAAAGCAUUGAUAAAAAAUACUGAUGGCAUAGACUCAUACUUGAAAAUACAGCUUGGUUUAUGUAUUAGAGCAAAGUCACGUAAUGUCGACAUGUCUGUUAUUUUGACAUGCUUUGAUAUCUUUUAUCUAAUUCAGCCUAGUUCGGUGCGUUCUAGUCACCUUAAGUUUAUUUUUGAAGACUUCAUAUAUUUCUGACAUCAUCAAAAUAUUUCAUCCAUUAAAGUUGCGUUUGUUUAUUCCGUAAGCCAAGGUUAAAUAUCACGGAUUGUUUUGUGUUUUUACGCGCUUGCGGCCCUUAUACAAAGCGGUAAGACACGCAGCAACAAACAAUUUGGUUAUGACCUUUGAGAAAGCUUGGACUUCAUAUUUGGAGAUGGAAAACAAUAGUCUGCUAUAUGCAGUGUUUGUCGGAGGUUGAUUUGAAAAGGUCUUCUUCCCAGAUGUGGAGAGGGCAGAAUGGGUCAACAAGAUUAUUUACCAGAUGUGGCCGUUCAUCGGUGAGUACGUACAGACCCUGUUGAUGACCCAGGUACAGAAGACUGUACAGGACUCUACCAGCCUGAUGGGCUCCUUCAAGUUUGUCAACAUUGACCUUGGAGACAUUCCUCCUCGUAUAGGAGGUGUGAAGGUGUACACUGAGAAAGUCAAGAGAGAUGAGAUCUACAUGGACCUGGACAUCAUAUACAGCAGCGACUGUGAAAUUGAGGUGAAAUUGAAGGGCGUGUCAGCUGGAAUCAAGGACCUACAGCUUCACGGUACUGUGCGUGUCAUCUUGAAGCCACUCAUCAAUCAGGCCCCUUUCUUUGGCGGCAUCAGCGUUUUCUUCCUCAAUAAUCCGAAUAUUGACUUCAACUUGACCAAUCUUGCCAAUGCUCUGGACCUACCUGGCCUCAGUGACAUGGUACACACUAUUAUACAAGAGAACAUUGCUAGCAUCAUGGUGCUGCCUAACAGAAUUGUUGUGGAGAUGGCAAAGGGGGUCAAAAUAUCCAAGCUCAAGUUCCCUUCACCUGACGGAGUGUUGAGAAUCCACUGUCUGGAGGCCAAGGAACUUGUGAAGGCAGAUAUUGGCCUGAUGGGCAAGGGCAAGUCUGACCCAUACACCGUUAUCAGAGUGGGGGCAAUGAAGUUCAAGACUCCUGUGAUCAACAACACAAUUGAACCAGAGUGGAACUCUGUGUUUGAGACCAUUAUUGAUCAGCGUGACGGUCAGUUCAUGGACGUAGAAGUGAGAGAUGAAGACACCGGAGGCAAGGAUGACAAGCUGGGAACGUUAUCAGUAGAACUCUCCCCAGUUGCAGACAAAGGUUUGGUAGACAAUUGGUUACCCCUGGAGAACGUGAAGUCUGGCAAGCUGCACUUGCGACUGCAGUGGCUGUACCUCUCAAAGGAUCCCCUGCUUCUGAACAAGUCAAUAUUGGCAAAUAACAAGGAAGGAGCCGCAAGCAAGAACGACUUGUCCUCCUGUAUCCUGAUGGUGAACCUUGACUCAGCACGAGAGUUGCCGAAACAAUUUACAGCUAACAUCUUUGACCUGCUAUUCUCGAGAUCCAAGAAAAUGUCCGAGCCAUCUCCCUACGUAACAAUCAAUGUGGGACAGAAAACAGAGACCAGUAACGUUGUCAAUGACUCGACUGAUCCUCGAUGGGAACAAGGCUUCAGAUUCCUGGUUCAUGACCCAAAUUUCCAGGUGGUUGACUUAAAGGUAAAAGACAAGAAGACAGAGAUGGUUCUUGGUGAGCUGUCGUUCCCGCUGAAGAAUCUCCUGGCAGCCCCAAAUCUUGAGGAUGAUCGCUUCUUCCAGCUGAAGAAAUCCGAGAGCAACAGUGAAAUCUCUGUCCGCUUUGCACUCAGGGUGCUUACCACAGAGCAGAAAGUGAACUGGAAACAGGACACGGAGAACUUGAUGUCCGCCAGUGCCCAGAGUACCAGCGUUGAUGAGGGGGUAAAGCCUGCACCUGGCGCAGGGUCACCUCCCCCUGCCUCCCCGACCAAUCCCAUCUCUCCUACAGGGAAGGGGAAACCUGCUUCACCUGUUUCCCCCACUGCACCGUCAGCGCAGGCUGCAUCUGCAAAUGAGAUUGUUCCAGAGACGGUACAGUCAGUGCAGAGCCAGGCUCCCAAAGCUAUUCCACCUGCCAAGACCCUGGAGCGGGAAGGGUCUGUGAGACAGAGGGUCACCAGUAUAGGCAGUGAUGUGCUGGGAGAGCACAGGAUGGGUCGUAUACAGCUCACCUUGCGUUACAGCAUGCAGAGGGGCAAACUGGCCGUGGUCGUGCAUAAGUGUGUUGGUCUGCCAGCGCUGGGCAAGGACAACUUCUCCGACCCGUACGUGAGGCUCUUCCUGCUUCCGGACCGUGGGACCAAGAAGAAAACCAAGGUCAUUAACAACAACCUCAACCCAACAUUUGAUGAGACGUUUGAGUACAGCGUGACUCCCCAAGAGUUGGUGGGUCGCCAGCUGGAGGUGGAGGUGAAGAAUGACACAGGGAUGUUCUCUUCAUCCCAGAAGGACAUGGGCAUGGUGCUCAUUGAUCUGGCUGAAAUGGACGUCUCCAAAGCCACCACUGAAUGGUACGAUUUAUGCCCAGAAUCAGAAAUCAAGAGGAAGGAAACUGACAUCUAGAUAUGUUUGCUGCAUACGUCUAGCUAGACAUUAGUGCUGCUAAAAAUGUAAAGAAUACGGGGAAAAUAAUUUACGAAAGAGAUUAUACUUAUUGUGCAAGAAUGUUCAAAUCUAAUGCACAAACUGUUGAUAUAUUUUAAUUUAGUUGUUUUUAUAUAUUUUAAAGCAAUAACUUUCUAAAUUUGUAUCAAGUGGCUUGAGGGUAUUAGUAAUUCAUAUUCUCACUAUUCUCUUUAUGAUAAGAUGACUUUGAAUUUCUCUAAGGGAUAAUGCUAGAGCUACUUUGAAUUUCUCUUAGUGAUAAUAUGACUUUGAAUUUCUCUUAGUGAUAAGAUGACUUUGAAUUUCUCUUAGUGAUAAUGUGACUUUGAAUUUCUCUUAGUGAUAAUGUGACUUUGAAUUUUUCUUAGUGAUAAUGUUACUUCGAAUUUCUCUUGAUAAUGUGACUUUGAAUUUCUCUUAGUGAUAAAAUGACUUUAAAUUUCUCUUAGUGAUAAUGUGACUUUAAAUUUCUCUUAGUGAUGACUUUGAAUUUCUCUUAGUGAUAAUGUGACUUUAAAUUUCUCUUAGUGAUAAGAUGACUUUGAAUUUCUCUUAGUGUGAAUGUGACUUUGAAUUUCUCUAAUAUUUUUGUAUUCAUCUUUAUCUGCAUUCAAUAUGAGGUUUGCUCUUGGGAAAACAGGGCUUACUGCAUGUAUGUUAAGUGUCAUCCCAGUUACAAUCCACCUAUACAGGAUUAAGUGUCAUUCCAGUGACAACCCACCUAUACAGGAUUAAGUGUCAUCCCAUUGACAACCCAUCUAUACAGGAUUUUGGUUAAAAAGUGAUUUAAUUGUCACGAAUAUUGCAUUACAACGGAGUGUCGUCCUUUAUUAGCCUGUGCAAUUAUUGCAGGCCAAUUCAGGACAACUCAUUACACACUUGCAUUCAGCCCAAUUUUCCCAGCAAGUGGCUCAUGUUUUUAGGACAUAGGUUUUAAUCAUUAAAUAUUGUUAGACUCUUCUACCAACGCAAUAGUUUCAUAAUUAGCUUAUGAUUUUCACUAAGUAAUGGCAUAAAUGAUGAAAACUCUGCAAUGACUCAUUGUGGCAUUACAAAUUAUGAAUUGUGUUACUGUAUAUUAGCAACUGAUAGCUUUCAAUCACUUUUGUGCCUGAACUUGGUGUUUUAUGUGAGGACAGUUUUCAGAGGGUUAUGUGAACAAAGUAUCAUCCCAGAUUAGCCUAUGGUGUGCACACAGGCUCAUAUGGCCCUGCACUUUUCCCCUGUUCUGUAUUUUUGUUUAGAAGAGUGU